AUGCUGGGGGCGAGUGUGGGGGAGUCGGCGUCCAAAAUAUCUGCGACCAAUUUUCCUCUGUUUUUGGACGAACAACGAUCCAGAAAUCUGUUGUCCUGGAAGGAUGGGGCUGAGAUCCUGGGAUCCAUGUACGUCGAUGAGCGGGCUUCCUACCUGCCCGGGCGUCCGUGCGGCGGGAGUGCGGACGAGCCGUGCCCCACCUUGGCCGAUGCCUUUGGCGGCUCCCACCUCCUCAAGUCCACCGACUACGAGGUGCGGAUCCGACCUGGUGUGUACCGGGCGUCAGAGAAUGUGGGCUUCGUGUUCACCGACAGCUCCAUCAGCCUGAAGCGGUGGCCGGAGGAGUCCGAGCAGCGCGUCGUUUUCGAUUGCGAGCACGGCCCGGCGUCGUUCGCCUUCAAGGACUGCUCGGCGUCGUCUCUCACAGGGAUUGAACUGAGGCAUUGCCCGACGGUGCUUGUCGCCGGCAGCACCGGCUUCACUGUAACCGACGCCCACUUCCUCGACGGCAAGCCCCUCGCUCCCACCGACUCCCGCCUUGCGCGGAGGAAUGUCGCCCAGUCGGCGGCGAUGACCGGCGGAAGCGCGCUCAUGGUCACCCACACUACCGGAUUGGUGGUGCAGGACAGCGUGUUCGUAAACCACACCGCCCGACCAGGUGGGGCGCUCUUCGUGGACGCCAGCGAGGGCGUGCAGCUGCGGCGACUCCAGAUCCGCUCGGGCGGCGGCAUAUUCAUCGCCGCGUGCAAGGACAAGACCACUCUGAGCGACGCGACGCUCAUCGCCUGUUCGUCGGGAGGAAAGGGCAGCGCGAUACACGUCGUCGGUUCGGAACUGGUGGUGCAGCGCGUGGCUAUUACGCCCAACAAGCGUACCAGUGUGCGAUGCGAGGGACAGGCCAGCGUGAUCGACGUCGACGGAACGCUCCUGCUUUCGAAGGCGUGCACCAACUCUGACACCAACCGACCACAUUCGGAACGGGACACACGCUUGAGUUCGGCGCCACAGAACGUGGCCCAUGCGGCCGUGGUGCUUGUGAUGUUCAUCCUCGGCCUCAACUGGGUGCUGGAGGGUCUUGAGGCCCGGUGGUGA